AUGUCGAUCUCGGAGGCGAGCAGCAAGGAGAGGCUGCAGGAGGCCUUUCAGCACUUGCUCUCCGUCAUCGGCAGCGAAGAGGACCGGCUUGCCGCAUCCUGGCGGAAAGUCGAGGAAGAGAAGCAGGCGGCUGAAGACCAAACGCGGCUGGCAGCUGACAUGAUGCAGCAGGCCCGCGCCAUCUUAGAGGCAGCGCCGCCGGCGAAGCGGUUUCAGCCCCCAGGGCCAAUUAAGGACCAGGCCGCUCCUCGCUUCAGACCUCGGUUUCUGGGCCUAGGAAGCCCGAUGCGCCGGCUGCCAGAGGACCAGGCUGUGGACGAAGAGGAGGACGACGAUCCAGGUCAGCUCCGCAGCACGCAGGAGUAUACGUCCACGGCCAUGUCUGUUGCUCCGCUGUCUCCCAUCAAGGAGGUGGAAUCUCCCCAACAGGGACGGAUCUCCGGGCCGAAGUCGAUGACGCUAGCAGAAUCGGAAGCCGCCUCCACGCUGGCCUUGGCCGUGCUGGCGGCGAAAUCCGCGGCCCCAGCGCCCGCAGAGAGGUCGCCGAACCAGACGCCGAAACAGGCCGAGCCACCCGAGCCUCCGGAGCAAGUGCAAGGUGCGGAGCACGUGAAGGGUUCCAAGGUGGUGGUCGUGAACGGUGUGCCGUAUACCCAGCUGAACACCAUCGGCCGCGGUGGAAGUUCAAAGGUGUACCUCGUCCAGAACCCACAGGGCUCCACCUUCGCCCUGAAACGAGUGGCGACCGAAAGCGUGAAGCAGCUAGAGGCCUUCCAAAACGAAGUUGUGCUUCUCCAGCAGCUUCGAGACCGUGACAAUGUCAUCCAGGUGGUGGAUGCGGAGGUCGACCGCGAGCGAGGCCGCAUCAACAUCGUCAUGGAGGCCUCGGGUUGA